GACUGGCGACUGACGAGACGUUCAGUGACUCGAGGCACGUUGAGCGAGGAGCACGCGCGCCGUAUCUCAGUGACGAGUGUUACGUGCACGGGAUUUUAUAUAUUGAAUGAUCAUUUUAUUGAUAUUAUAUUGAUUCUUUUGGUGUUUGUGGACGGAUGUGUGCAUUUGGAUUGCAUUUUGGAUGCGUGAUUGACAACGAGCCACUGCCAGAUGUGUUCAAGUUUAAACCUACCCUCCAAUCGGUAUACUACUAGUUUAUUGUACGAUAAUGUCCAGGGGCCAGUAGUGUUGGCUUGCGCAUGAUCGCUGAAAGCUGCGACAGCGAAGCGGUGAGUGUUGAAGACGAGGGUGCGGCGCUGCCUCUAUGCCGCAUCAGCGCAGGUUCGACAUACAUCGGGACGUCGCCAGGUCGCUGUUGAAGAGGAGCGCGGUGCGGGGAGUGAGGUAACCUGGCCGAGGAUACCACCAUACGAUGUGUUCCAUGUUCCAUGUUCUAGAGACCUGAUACAUCGAAUAAUGUAUGAUCCGUCCGAACACGGCCAAACCCUUACGAAUUUAUUAGUGUUAUAGUAGUGUGUGAGUGUCGAGUGCAAGGUGGCGGGGACGCAUGCCUCGGCGCCAUUGGCGAUGCCAUUUAUUGAAGACGAAUGGUGGUCCGCCGGGAACGAGGGCAGGAUGGUCGAUCUCUCCAAUUGCCUUCAGGACGCGGUGACCGCGAGCGGACAGACGGCGACACAGCUGCAGCUGCAGAUGGCCACGUCUCUGGGGGAGCUGUCCCAGGCGGAGCUGUCCAACUUCGUCGGCGGACUCACGCUGGAGGCCGACGGCUCUGAGGCCGCCGACCCGGACGACAUCCUCAAACAGCUGGGGGAGACGGCUUUCGAUAACUUCGACACCUUCUUCACCGAUCUGACAAACUCCACGGCGACCGCCGCGCCCCCUGUUGAAAUAAAGCAGGAAGAGAACAACAAUGUGUCGUCUGCGUCCAGCAGUCAGUUACAGAAUUCAUAUUACCAGCAGAGCAGCCAGCUCUCGCUACCCAACAACGGUCAGCAGCGACUGCAGCAGUUACUGCGCUCGGGGACCAGCGCCAUCAACCACGCGGUGGCGAACAAUAUUAACAACGGACGAUACAACAUCGCCUCCGCUAACCCGCUGCUGGCCGAGAAGCUGGCGGCGACAUCUAGCGGCAUCAAGCAGGAACCGAUGAGCUCCGACUACAACGGAACCGGCAUGAACUACGGGAACGCCUCGCCGAUGCAGCGGGUGCCCAGUGGGAAACCUCAGGUGCACGAUGCUGGCGGAGGAAAAGGUAAACAUUACGUCUUACUUCAGAAUCGUUACGAACAGUUUAGAGAGCAAACAGUGGACGGCGAGCCGACGUCCCUGACCUUGGGCGCGAGAGGCUCCCUCGGACGAGCGCUGCUUCACGGCCUGCUGGCACCAGCGCCCGCGCCGAGGCACCCCCUGUACACCGCACCCAACACCGGCUCCCUCCCUCCGUCUCCGGCGGACAGCGGCGUCUCGGACGUGGAGUCGUCGUCGUCAGGAGCGGGCUCCGCGGAGGAGUUGAAGGCCCGCCUGCAGCCCCCGCAACCCGCGCCCUUCCACACCCCCUUCCUGCCGUUCUACCAGCCCCAUCAGAUCGCCUCCUCGCUGCAGCAUCACGUCGCCACCCACCCCAGGCCGCCCGUGGGCGGCGGCAACGAGCGGGAGACGUACGGCUACGGGUACGGGGGCGGAGGCUCGCACCACUUCGCCGCGCCCGCGCCUCCGCCGCUGCCCCAUGACGACCUGCCCUACUCCGUGUUCGACUUCGGAGACUACCAGCGGCACCACCAUCACAACAAGCUGAAGCCCAAGAAGAGGCCCCGCGACACGCCACCCGCCCCCGGCGUCAAGCGCAAGAGCCGCGAGGGUUCCACCACCUACCUGUGGGAGUUCCUGCUGAAGCUGCUCCAGGACCGCGAGUACUGUCCGCGAUAUAUCAAGUGGACGAACCGCGAGAAGGGCGUCUUCAAGCUGGUGGACUCGAAGGCGGUGUCGCGGCUUUGGGGGCUCCACAAGAACAAGCCCGAUAUGAAUUACGAGACGAUGGGGCGCGCGCUGCGCUACUACUACCAGCGCGGCAUCCUCGCCAAGGUGGACGGCCAGCGGCUGGUGUAUCAGUUCGUGGACGUGCCCAAGGACAUCGUGGAGAUCGACUGCUCCCUGGCGUAGGAGAGCUGACCCCGCGGUCGGCGCGGUCGGCCUGCGAGCCUGACCUCUGAGACUUUGUCGCUGUUCGUGAUCGUUGUUGCUCGUUCGUUCCACGUCGGAAUCUUCUCAGUGUGAACUUUUUGAAUCAUCAUGCAUUGUGUCUGCGACCGCUUCCUACGAUGUUCGUGUGUUAAUCUUAUUCUCAAUCGAACUAACGUACGUUUACUGACUACAGACAGACAGACAGACAGACAGAGGUGACGAAAUCGAUUGCUCAAAUGUUUAUUAUAUAUUUACAUAUUUUUAGGGAAAUUUCAUAAAAGGAACUUACAUUUGAGAGAUGUUAUAUGGUACGAAGUGAUUUGUAUAAUGUUCCGUGGAGUUUUUAAUGUUUGUAACGAUUAUUGUACACGCACCGAGCGCGAGCCGCCGCGGACAGCCGGGCCCGCCCGGGCCUGUCCGGGGCUCGCGGGGCUCGCGACUCGCGACUGCACUAAAUCAGAACUUCCUACCUCAAAACUACGCAAAAAUAAUAUUAAUAUUAUACAUUUUAUUCGACGUGACCGUUUUUACAAUUCGCAAUAAGUAAUAUUAUAGUCUAAAUAAGAAUUUAUAUAAAAGAAAUAUUUACGUAAAAAGUGUUUAUAUACAUACAUACAUAUAUACAUAUAUACAUAUAGUACACAUAUAUAAUAACAAAAGUAUCGUAUUUAAUACCUCUACCUAGUAGCUCUCGUGUGACGUAUGUUGACCGUUUUGGUGCUUUUCAUGUCCGUAUCCGUAUUUACAGCUCGUUUACACGAAUCGAUACUUUAUAACAUGACGCGUCCGCCGCUCACAGACGCUCGUCUCGGGGCGGCCGAUACAAACUACCCUCUAGAUUUGUUUGAAUUGAAUUUUAAAAUGUUUAAGAAUGUUUAAGAAUAUUAAGUACAAUGUUGUGCUCGAGCGGCCCUCGGCUCGUCGCCGCACGGGACUCUCUCGGGCCGAGUUUAGUUUCGAUGUUACUUCUGUCUCUGUAAGACGACUUUCCAUUUGAUGUUAGACUAUGAGAGUUCCACCAGCGCACGGAACACCUCAACGUAAUACUGCCAAGUUGCUGUUAAUGUGAAAGACUUGAAGGAUGUAUUUUGUGUUGAUGGUGACGGAUAGUAGUAGCGAGUAUGGAGUGUGGUGUAGACGAACAGGUUCUAGAUUAUUCGGUUUAUUUAACUUACUUUAAGCCUGCGGGGUCUCGCGCGAGCUUCCCUCUGAACUAGAACGACUCCGGCAUAUCAUAUAGUAUCAGAGUUAUUUAUUCAUUCUAUCGUUGUGGAGCAGUUCCGAGCGCCGCGAGACCCCCUUUUUUUUGUUACCUGAGUAAAUAUUAAUAAUUAAUUACUAUUUGCGGUCCAAUGUUAAUGACUCAAUGAUUUUAACUAGAGUUAGAGGUCCCCACGGAGCCGCGGUGAGAUGCAUACAUACACACAUACACACAUACACACACAUAUACACACAUACACACACGUACACACACACAUACACUCAUAUACACAUACACACACACACACACACAUACACACACACACAUA